UUUGAUUAGUCAGACGUGCAUCUUCAACUAGGAGCAUGGGCUCGUGUCUAUUCAGUACUGCGGAAUAUCACUAAACAUUUGCACUUAAAAUGAAGACAAGUGCACUGAUCGCCGGUGACCACAUCGGAGAAAGUCCAGACAAUUUCCUAACUAGUCUGGUAGUUUUUUGCGUGGAUUCAUUUAACAUCUGUUUGUCCCGUGACGCAGACAAACUUUGCGUCCCCGUUGGUCUCACCUUUCUUUCUGCGCUGCUCUUGCUGCUAUCAUGUGUCUUGUUCGUGUGUCAGAGGUGCAAAAUUCGGGGAGAAAAUCCUGGAGAAACCGUCGUUUUCUUCUACUGCUUCCUUGGUAACUUGUGCAGUACCACUGGAGCCAUCCUGUCCAGGCAGCUGCAUAUACAGAUUUUAAUGGGUGCUGUUGCUGCAGCUGUGGAUUUUGUGAACUGUAUUUUGUGGUGCUUUCCAGUGUUGCUGUACUGGAAUUCAAAAGCAGAAAAGAGGCUGAGGAUGAUUAAGAGGAGGAGGCGGCAGCAUCUCCUAGCAGUGUGUGUGUUGAUGGUGGUUGCAGGAGGAUUUCUAAAGUCCAGGGUGUCCCACACUUCAGCAUUGAGGCCUGUCAAAGAGAGGAGACUGCUGCAUGUCCUUCUCCAAAUCUCUAGCUGGAGUCCUUCAAUGGACAACACUGAAAUUGUGGGUUACCUACUUGGGCUGCUGGCUUUUGUCAUUGCCUGUACCGCCAGGAUCCCUGCACUCUUCAGAGUAUGCAAUGGACAUAAGUUGACCCACACUGCCAUUUUCUCUGGACUGUUGUGCUCACUGGCUGGUGCACUCUACACUGCUGCCAUUCUCUUCUAUGGUACUCAGUUUGGAUUUCUUAUGAGAGUCAUGCCAUGGCUUCUGUCAUCAACAGGCUGUGUCACCCUUGACCUUCUUAUUGUAAAUAUUCAUUGGUGCAAGAGAGGUUCCAGAAAGAAGGCUUUGAGUUUUUUUCCAGAUACAGAGCACCUUUUAGGUGGCUCAGGCCUCCCUGCAAAGAAUAACACUGCCAUGAAGAGACAGACAAAACAGCAAAUACCUUCACCAGCACAAACAAAAACAAAAAAUAUCCAGAAGAUGACUGAGUUGGGCCAAUAUAUGGAUGUCAGCAGUCAACCUGUAGGAAAAGAAGUGGCGUUGUCCAAGAGAGAGAUGCGAAACGAGCCCCUCAGCAGGAGGACGGGAGUGAUCAGAGCUGACAGCGUCUGCUCCACAGACACAUCCUGCGAUUCCUCGCUGGUCAGCUCAGAUCUGGAGUGGGAUUUUGAAGCAGCAAAUGCACAAUGGACCAAACCAACAGCAAAACAACAGGCGGGGGAUGAGUUUCCCUUGCAAGAGUGGCCGGUGAACCCUGAACCCUUUAACAUCUGCACCCGUUCCUCAACUAGACUCGCGCAGCAAGCUCUCUGUGGUACAGAACAUGGUGGCUGCACUGUAAGCUUAGCUACUUGAAGUUCACACAUGUCAGGUGCAGUAAUUUGUGGAUUAAAAAAAAAGUGCAAACAUAAAA